AUGACCAAUUCGUCGGACUGCAUGCUACCGGGACCGCCCUCCCGCAACAACGGCGGAUCCGCCGACAUCGUAUCUACCGGCCUCCUCGCCUAUGCCGCUGGCAGCACCGUCCCUAUCCUCGAUACUCGCUCCAUGCAACUCGUCUCUGUAUUUCCUAUCCCUCCUCCUGCUGCUAACCCCGGCACCAUCAGUACUUCUUCCUCCACCUCAAUGUCCCCCUUUGUCACCUCCGUCCGUUGGUGCCCUACCACGCUCCGUCUAGACCUCCUCUCCCAUGACCCUACUUCAUCGCAUUCUCAUCUUCUCCUUGCUGCUGGAGACCGCCAAGGCCGUAUUUGCCUUCUCGACCUUCGCCUCAAAUCAUGCCCUUUGCUCUUCCUCCAAACGGAUCUCAAUUCCAAACUGGGAAUCCAAGACCUUUGCUGGAUCCAAGCCCGAUCUGACUCGUGGAUCGUCGCUGCACUAACAGGGCCAUCACUCCUAUCUCUCUACAACACAUCCACAGGACGUUGCUUCUUCAGAUACGAGGCCGCGCCGGAACUCUUCUCAUGCAUUAAACGUGACCCCUUUGAUUCUCGCCAUUUGUGUGCCAUAGGUUUAAAAGGCUUUCUCCUGUCGAUCAAAGUCCAAGGCGACGUGUCCGAAUCUGAUGUCGUACUGGAAGAAUUUCAAAUCGCUACCGAUGCCUCUGAAUUGAAUAAGCUGGAGAGAGAAGGCGGUAUCAGCGUUGGUUCUGCCGGUACAGUUACUAAUUCCCCGGCAACUGCGUUGUUUCCCACUUAUUCAGUGAAGCUGGCGUUUUCGCCUCAUUGGAGGCACAUUUUGUAUGUUAUAUUUCCGAGGGAAUUAGUCGUGUUUGAUAUGCAGUAUGAAACGGCUCUUUCUCGUGCCAGUUUACCCAGAGGGUGCGGGAAGUUUCUUGACGUGUUGCCAGACCCAAGCAUGGAGCUGGUUUUUUGUGCUCAUCUUGAUGGGCGGCUCAGCGCUUGGCGGAGAAAGGAAGGAGAGCAGGUGCACGAGAUGUGUAUGAUGGAAGAAUUGGUGCCCUCAAUUGGCACAUCUGUCCCUUCUCCCUUGGUUCUGGCAGUUGCAAUUUCUCGAUCGAAUUCCACCCUCCAAAAUGUUGCCAAGCAUUUUUCUGAUGCACUUCAUACUUCAUCUUCUGACAAGGACUUUGAUAUGGAUUUUGAUAAUCCUUUUGAUUUUCGUGAUGAAUCACAUAUCAUUUCUAGAACACAUUUGCUAUCCGUUACUGAUGAUGGAAAAAUAUGGAAUUGGCUUCUGACUUCUGAAGGCCCUACAGAUAAUCAGAAAGAUAUGUUAGAUGUUGCAAAUGUUACAGAAGUCAGUAAAGUGCCAGUUCUAGAUCCAAAAUCUGACACGGGAGCUUCCGAUGACUCCCUGAAGGAUGUGGCUAAACAAACAGAUGAUGUGAAAAUUGGCAAGGGUUAUCCAUCAGCCUCCACUGUGAGCCAGGACAAGCUUACACUUAAGAUCAGCCUUGUUGGCCAGCUUCAUCUGCUUUCUUCAACAGUGACUGUGUUGGCCGUGCCAUCUCCUUCUCUGAUUGCUACUUUGGCAAGUGGGGGAAACCAUCCUGCUGUGGCUGUUCCACUGGUUGCUUUGGGAACUCAAAGGGGUUCAAUUGACCUUAUUGAUGUUUCUGCAAAUGCUGUAGCUGCAAGUUUUUCUGUCCAUGAUAAUGUUGUAAGAGGGUUAAGGUGGCUUGGAAAUACUAGACUUGUUUCGUUCUCGUACAGUCAGGGAAGUGAGAAGUCUGGAGGCUAUGUCAAUAGGCUUGUAAUUACAUGCCUUCGGAGCGGUAAUAAUCGAACAUUUAGGGUCUUACAAAAGCCUGAGCGUGCGCUGAUAAGAGCUCUGCGGGUAUCGUCUUCUGGAAGGUAUCUUUUGAUCUUGUUUCGUGAUGCACCUGUGGAGGUUUGGGCAAUGACAAAGACUCCAAUUAUGCUUAGGUCUUUAGCUCUUCCGUUCACAGUUUUGGAGUGGACUCUUCCUACUGUUCCACGGCCGAUUCAUAGUGCAACAUCUAAGCCAUCUACAGUUAAUUCCCAAGAUAACACUUCUGUGGCAUCUGAUGUGUCGCCUACAGACUCUAAUGGAGCUCAAGAAGACUUUACAGAGAGUUUUUCAUUUGCUCUAGUAAAUGGUGCACUUGGGGUGUUUGAGGUUCAUGGACGAAGGAUCCGAGAUUUCAGACCAAAGUGGCCUGAUUCAUCAUUUGUUUCUUCUGAAGGACUGGUUACAGCUAUGGCUUAUCGUCUGCCACAUGUGGUCAUGGGUGAUAGGUUAGGGAACAUUCGGUGGUGGGAUGUGACAACUGGGCAAUCUUCCUCUUUCAACACUCACAGGGAAGGCAUUAGAAGAAUCAAGUUCUCCCCUGUUGUUCCUGGAGAUCGUAGCCUUGGACGUAUUGCUGUAUUGUUUAAUGACAAUACGUUUUCUGUGUUUGAUCUUGAUUCACAGGACCCAUUAGCCAAUUCCCUAUUACUGACUCAGUUUCCAGGAACCCUUGUGCUGGAACUUGAUUGGUUACCUGUCCGAACCGAUAAGAAUGAUCCAUUGGUAUUGUGUAUCGCUGGAGCUGAUAGUAGCUUUCGCCUUAUUCAGGUUAACAUUAAUGACAAAAAAGUUGGUUAUGGAGCGCAGCCUGGAUCUGUGAAGGAGCGAUUUCGGCCAAUGCCGUUAUGUUCUCCUGUAUUGCUUCCUACAGCACAUGCCUUGGCAUUGCGGCUGAUCUUGCAAUAUGGAGUAAAGCCUAGGUGGUUUAACACGUGUAGUACAAUUACAGAUAAGGGAAAUUCCCAAAUAUCACGAACUCUAUCAUCUGAUCUUCGUAGUUAUUUGAUUGAUGUAUCACCUAUUGGUGACUCUGUAGUGCCAGAGUUGCUUCUUAAAGCAUUAGAGCCCUACAGAAGAGAAGGUUGCGUACUUGAUGAUGAGAGAGUGCGUCAAUAUGCUAAUAUAAUCACUAAAGGUUCUGCUGCGAGGUUUUCUUUUGCAGCUGCAAUAUUUGGUGAAACCUCAGAGGCUUGCUUUUGGUUGCAAUUGCCUCGUGCACUAAAGCACUUGUUGAACAUGUUGGCUAACAAGUCUCUCCAAAAACUGCCUGUAAAAUUGCCGUCUGCAUCAAUUGAUGAUUCAUCGUUACUAAGUAGGAUGUUCACAAAGGGACGGUCGGUAGCAGGGUCAACAAACAAAAAAUUAGUGAGUGACGGCCAACUUAGGAUGAUGGCUUUUGACCAAGAAGAGUUGUGGGAAAAUGCUAGUGAGCGUAUCACCUGGCAUGAAAGAUUGGAGGGUGAACAGGCUAUUCAGAACCGUGUGCAUGAGCUUGUGUCGGUUGGUAACUUGGACGCUGCUGUCAAUUUACUGCUUUCUACUCCUCCAGAGAGCUCAUUCUUCUAUCCAAAUGCUUUGCGUGCUGUUGCUCUUUCAUCUGCAGUUUCAAGAUCUCUAAAUGAACUUGCUGUAAAGGUGGUUGCAGCAAAUAUGGUGAGGACUGACAGGUCAUUGUCAGGCACACAUCUGCUUUGUGCUGUAGGGAGAUAUCAAGAAGCAUGUUCACAGCUGCAAGAUGCAGGGUGUUGGACAGAUGCUGCAACCUUGGCAGCAACACAUUUAAGAGGAACCGAUUAUGCAAGGGUAAUGCAAAGAUGGGCAGGACAUGUCCUCGAUGCUGAACACAACAUCUGGAGGGCCCUGAUAUUGUAUGUAGCAGCUGGUUCGUUGCAAGAUGCAUUGGCAGCACUGCGUGAAGCUCACCAACCAGAUACAGCAGCUAUGUUCAUCAUUGCGUGCCGGGAAGUUCAUGCUGAAUUUAUAGAGGGUUUAGAUCCUGAUGACGAGUCGUCAGCCUUGAUCAAGGAUAAGUUGGUUGUUUUGCAUGGAUUGAACCCACAAAGUGAAGACGUUAUCGCUGUUGGGGAAUUAUACACAAAGUACCAACAGCAACUCGUCCAUCUCUGCAUGGACUCUCCCCCCUAUUCUGACUAAAUUCAACCAAACUUCAUUCAUUAUUGGAGACGUCAAAUAAGCAGAGACACUGUGUCUUCAACUUUUCACAAUAAAUCGAGAAAGUUUUGGCUA